AUGGUAAGCUUCUCUCCAAAACUACCAAAAAAAGACCCUGAAUCUAACAGUACCUCACAGUCUCAAUCCGGAGCCACCGUUUCUCAGGAAUGCAUUACUGCUUUCAACGACUUGAAGCUUAACAAGAAGUACAAGUUCAUCGUCUACAAGCUCUCUGACGACUACAAGGAGAUUGUUGUCGAGAAGGCCUCCGAGAGCCGCGACUGGGAGGACUUCCGUGAGACGCUCGUCAACGCUACCGCCAAGAGCCGAACUGGUGCCGUUGGCAAGGGUCCCCGUUACGCCGUUUACGACUUCGAGUACAACCUGGCCUCUGGCGAUGGUAUCCGAAACAAGAUCACCUUCAUUGCCUGGUCCCCUGAUGAUGCUGGCAUCCAGCCCAAGAUGAUCUACGCUUCCUCCAAGGAGGCCCUUAAGCGAUCGCUCACCGGCAUUGCCACCGAGUUGCAGGCCAAUGACACUGAUGACAUCGAAUACGACUCCAUCCUCAAGACCGUCAGCAAGGGUCUUGCUGCUUAA